GGCAGUUGGUCUCUGUUGGCAGUUGGCACACAUGUUUGAGGGACCGGUAUAUUUCCAUAUAUAUUAUAAUUCUCUUUGGUCCUACGUCUAGCUGUGUUGUUGUUGAUUAUUGAUUUUCUAUUAAUUUCUGUAUGAGCUCAUGUGCGGUUUGUAAUAAGUGUAGCCUCUCGAAGCCCAGCGAGUUUGAUUCUAUUACAGUUGGAAUUGAUUGCGGCAAAGUUCAUUUAUACAAAUAAUUUACAUAAGUGCAGUGUUUUAUAUUUUUAUACCAUGGCUGUGGCGAUACGUGGAACUCUGUUAUGUAUUACAGUCGUGGCACUGUACACAUCUUUUGUGCACGCGAACUACAAUACUGCUCGAAAAUGGCCCACAGUGGUCGUGGCAGUUCUUGUGCGAAACAAAGAACAUACAUUGCCCUAUUUUUUGAGUUGCCUACACAAUUUGGAUUACCCUAAGGACCGGCUUCAUCUUUGGAUCCACAGCGACUACAAUGAGGACAGGUCAGAAGAAAUACUACAGAAAUGGGCUUCUAAGUAUGCAUCUGAGUACCAUGGAAUAAAUUACACCAAGAACAGAACUUCUGAACAAUUACACCCCGAUGAAGACAACAUGUUUCACUGGAGUCCUAGACGUUACUCGCAUGUCAUAAAUCUUAGGGAGAACGCCCUAAAUUUUGCAAGAAGGAUUUGGGCCGAUUAUAUAUUCAUGUUAGAUGCCGAUGUGUUCCUCACAAAUACUCAGGCACUCAAAAUAUUAGUUUCAAAAGAAUUGUUUAUUGUAGCUCCAAUGCUUAUAUCUGAUGGACUUUAUUCAAACUUUUGGUGUGGGAUGACCAAGGACUAUUAUUAUCGACGGACAGAUGAUUAUAAACUAAUAGUGGAACAUGAGAAAAUUGGCUGUUUCGAUGUUCCGAUGGUACAUACCGCUGUGCUUAUAAGUUUGAACACAGAAGUCUCAGACGUGUUGACGUAUAACGCCGCCAAACUGGGGAAUCAUAUUCCGAAGGAUGACAUCAUCGCUUUUGCUUUAUCUGCUAAGAAUGUUGACGUACCGCUUCACAUCUGCAACGACCACGAAUUUGGGUAUUCGCUGGUACCUUUAUCCGAUACCGAUUAUAUUGAAAAAGAUCAUGAGCAAAUGAUAAACACCAAACUGCAAUCGUUAAGUCGUGGCAUACCGUUCCCCCUGGACAAUGCCCUCAGCGAAUUCGUGAAGUACCCUGAGCCGUGGAAGUUCGAGUGCGAUGAAAUCUACAUGAUCAACUUGGACAGGCGUAUUGAGAGGCGACAGCUGAUGAAACUGAGCUUCAAGGAGCUCGGCAUGGAUGUCAAACUCUUUAGCGCUGUGGACGGCAGGAGUUUGGAUAUAAAUAACCUGGAGAAAUCUAACAUUAAAUUGCUGCCCAAUUAUGAGGACCCAUACCACAAGAGACCGAUGAAAGCUGGUGAAGUGGGUUGCUUCUUGAGCCAUUACUACAUUUGGAAAGAGAUAAUUUUUAAGAAGUUGAAUAUGACUUUGAUCCUUGAAGAUGACGUUCACUUCACGCCGUACUUCCGUCACCGACUCUUGCAGCUCAUUGAUGAAAUGCGCCACUUGGAUUGGGAUCUUGUUUACAUUGGUAGGAAAAUCCUUGAGGAUAACAAGGAAGCGUACGUGACUGAGCAUACCACCAGGCCCCUGUAUUCCUACUGGACUCUUGGAUAUUUCCUGAGCUACCGCGGCGCUGUUAAACUGGUUAACGCUGAGCCUCUUUCCAAAAUGUUGCCAGUCGACGAAUUUCUGCCCAUCAUGUUUGACCAGCACCCAAAUGAGACCUGGAAGUCUUUCUUCCCGGAGCGGAACCUGGUGGCGUACUCGGCGGCGCCGCUGCUCAUCCACCCGACGCACUACACCGGCCAGGACGGCUACAUCAGCGACACGGAGGACUCUCUCGUCGUCGACCUGACCAAGUUGCGGGAACAGUACCACACGGAACUCUGAACCUUAACCGAUAGGGCCAUUAUCCUUUUUAUUGCGUUUCUCAGUCGAUACGCACACAUUGCUAUUCUUUUCAUAAGAUAUAUAGUUUUUUAAGUUUUCUUUUGAGUUGAUAUGGCCCUAUGGAGUUGAGAUGUUAACAUUCCGUACAUACAAAACGUAGUACGUUUUAAUAAUAUAUUUUUGAGAGUUAAUAUAAUAUUGACUUGUUAAGUGCGAUUGACCUUAAGUCAAUUCUAGUCUUAUAUGCUGGUGUUUCCAGAGGAUGCAGCAGUAAGGAAAGUUCAUUAUAUGGACGACACAUUAAACUUAUCUUGCAUAGCUAAUAUAUGGGAAUGAUGCAGGUAUAUUAUAUAACCGAGUUAUAAUCUAUUAGUAGUAGGUAUUGGCAGAUGUCAAGUACAUCGCACAUGCAUGCGGUUGGAAUGCUUGGCUCCACCGCAAUUUAUUACAUAGCGUAACUUAAGUGCCAUUGAAAAUUAUAUUUUGCCAUAUUUUUAGACUCACCUCUAUUUCUCAUUGUGUUUAGUCUUUUUUUAGCUAACAUCAAGUGUUUAUUUAUGAAACGGGUGACCGGAUACCGCUUUUUACUAGGCUACGUAUGUUUGAUAGGAACUUUGAAUACGAUUUUUCAACUUUUGAUGCGAGUAUUGGACCUAAGAUUUUACAAUUUAUUGCAAAUAAGGUAGUUUGUAAGUAUGUUCUAGUACCAAUGUACUUUUUUAACGGUUUUGUGCCAUGAUAUUUCUUAAUCCGAUAUAAUCGAUUAAACGAACUACCUAUGUAAUAA